UGACAUCAGAGCCGACCUUUUUCUCUGCCGAACUUUCCUCCGCUUUGAUUCUUCUCAAGAAUUCAACGACUAUUCUUAUCUCCUCACUCAGGUCUGGAUUCUUUCAUUGUUCACUCCUAUGAACUUGUGUCGUAGCUGUCCAUGUAUAUUUUGCGGCUUAUUGGUCAAAUUUUUUUUAAUCAAACCUUGAUGAAAGUUGGCUGAUUGGAUUGGAUUAUUGAAUCUUUUGCUGUUCUUCCGAUUGGAUUUGUAUCUGUUUAUGUCAGGUUAACUGGGUUUUGGAGAAUUUGGAGAAUUUUGGAAGUUUUUGGAUUUUGGGUUCUAGUUUUUAUAUUCUAUCGAGUGGGAUUUUGAAUCUAUUUUAUACCUGAUAUUGUAUGGUGAAGUGGCUUUUAAAGAAUUUGCGUUGAUUUUCCUGCAAUUGCUUGGAAGAAUCUCUAUUCAAGGAACCAAGUUAGUUUCAGUUGGUACUUGGGCUCUGAGGAUUGGAGUUGGAUAUUUAGCGAACUUUGAAAUCUUGUAGCUCGAUUAUUGAUGGGAGGGCUUUGAAAUUUCAGCUGCUCAGUUUCUUGUGUUGGAUUCCCUCCCUAGCCAAUUUGGUGAACCGCUGCUUCAAAUAUUUGGUGGGGCGAUUGCAGAAAUUUGAAUUUUCUUUCACAUCUGAACUCACUGGCUUCUGGGCUUUGAGCUUUCUGAUCUUCAUCACCCGGGUUUCCGCUUUUGAGAUUGGUUUAUUGAGAAAUAUUCCUUCACAUCUGAAACUCACUGGCUUCUGGAUUUUAAGCUUUCUGAUCUUCAUCACCUGGGUUUCCGCUUUUGAGUUUGGUUUAUCGAGGAAUAUUGAUGGACUUCUGGCAAGGCUUACUCCUGUUUCAGUAAAAAAAAAUCUUGGCCGCUUAUAGAAUUUAGCAUCACAUUACUAUACUGACCAUGGCAUCUACUGUAUUCAGUUUAUUCCUUUUAGUGCAAUUGCCAAGAAUUUAUGCCUCUGGACUUCAGUUACAAACAACAGUUUGCAAUGGUGAUCAUAUAGCAUAUUCAGAUUCUUAUGGUCGUGAAUGUUUUUACCUUAACGGAAAUCAUGUAGACCAAGAUUCAUUUUGUAAGGCCCUUCACUUCUACCAUGCAAAUGGUUGCAUCUUUGAUGGCUUCCACAUGAAUGACUACUGCAAAUUGGAUGCUUCUAUGGCAGCUGAGCUACCAUCCAGGGAAGGAAGAAAGCUUAUGCAAAAGAAUGUCAGAGAAGAAUUAACAACCCAUGAUAUUGGUCGGACUGCCCAACCAGACAAAGAAAAGAAUGAUAGCAGAUUUUUAUCAACCCCACAGAAUGUUGGCAUAAUAGCAAGUGGAGCAUUCGUUGUGUGUUGUGCUUUUCUUUGUCCCUGUUUUUACAGAAAAAGGAAAGCAACUGCCCAUGCCGUUCUUGCAAAUGAUCCAAGUUCAACGGAUUCAAUUUCCCCUUUUGAAGUAAAUCUUGCUCCUGAGAAGAUCCCUGAGAAGAUCCCAGGUAGUCCCCUGAGGGUGCCUCCAAGUCCCUCUAGGUUCUCAAUGUCUCCAAAACUCAGUCGAUUAGGAUCUGUGCAUCUAAAUUUGAGUCAGGUUGCAAGAGCUACACGCAAUUUUUCACCAUCACAGCGGAUCGGUGAAGGCGGCUUUGGGACUGUAUAUAAGGCGCGGCUAGACGAUGGAAACAUCGUUGCCGUAAAACGAGCAAAGAAGGAACACUUCGAGAGUUUGCAGACUGAAUUCAGUAGUGAAGUUGAAGUUCUGGCCAAAAUUGACCAUCGCAAUCUUGUGAAGUUACUUGGCUACAUAAAUAAAGGAAAUGAACGGCUUAUUAUCACAGAAUAUGUGCCAAAUGGCACCCUUAGAGAGCAUUUGGAUGGUCAACAUGGGAAAAUCCUUGAUUUUAAUCAACGGCUUGAGAUUUCCAUUGAUGUUGCUCAUGCUCUUACUUAUCUACAUUUGUACACUGAGAAGCAAAUCAUCCACCGAGAUGUGAAGUCCUCCAACAUUCUUCUGACAGAGAGCAUGAGACCCAAGGUUGCCGAUUUUGGGUUUGCAAGGCUUGGUGUGGACUCUGAUCGUACUCAUAUUUCAACUAAAGUGAAAGGGACAGUGGGGUACCUUGAUCCUGAAUAUCUGAAGACCUACCAACUAACCCCGAAGAGUGAUGUGUACUCAUUUGGGAUUUUGCUUCUAGAAAUCCUGACAGGCCGCCGUCCUGUAGAGCCAAAGAGACCUCCAGAUGAGCGAGUAUCGAUAAGAUGGGCCUUCAGAAAGUAUAAUGAAGGAAGUGUAGGGGAGUUGGUGGAUCCUUUGAUGCAAGAAGUUGUGGAUGCGGAAGUGCUGAUGAGAAUGUUUACUUUGGCAUUCCAGUCAGCGGCACCUGUACGAACUGAUCGGCCAGACAUGAAACAAGUGGGAGAGCAGUUGUGGUCCAUCAGGUCAGAUUACCACAGGAGUUUGAGGAAAGAGUAGGUAGUGUGAUAUUCCCAUAUUAGCUGUCUGUCUUUACAUUUUUGUUUUUCUUUACCCUGCAAACGAUUUCAAGUGUUGACUGUAAAAAGAAGGCAUACUUUGAUUUUGGUUGUUCUAUCUGGUUUCAUAAUGAAGUUUCUGUUGAGUGUAGAA